AUCGAAAACUCCUCAAGCCAGCCUCCCUUGACCAUCACGAUAUCAUCAAUUUACGCAGCAUGUCUUUCCGCGGAGGUGGUCGUGGCCGUGGCUUUGCCACAGGCGCUAACAGGGGAGGCUUCGGAUCGCGUGGUGGACGCGGAGGUUUCCAGCAGCCUGUCGGCCCACCAGCGCAAGUGCUAGAAAUGGGUACUUUCAUGCACGCUUGCGAGGGAGAGAUGGUCUGCGAAUCGAUCAACCCGAAGAUCCCCUACUUCAACGCCCCGAUCUACCUCGAGAACAAAACUCCGGUUGGAAAGGUUGAUGAAGUUUUGGGCCCGAUCAACCAGGUUUACUUCACCAUCAAGCCCCAGGAGGGAAUCGUCGCCACUUCUUUCAAGACCGGCGACAAGUUCUACAUUGGAGGAGACAAGCUUCUUCCGCUUGAGAAGUUCCUGCCAAAGCCCAAGCCUACAGGUAGAUGGCUCUUUCUCCGAAUAUCUUCUGUAUACGGUUUAUUAACAUGAUAUAGGUGUCACGAAAGCCAAGAAGCCCGCUGGAGCCGGUCGCGGCGGCGCCCGUGGUGGCAGAGGAGCCCCUAGAGGAGGAUUCUCCCGUGGCGGAAGAGGAGGUGCCCCCAGAGGCCGUGGUGGAUUCUCCCGGGGAGGAGCUGGAGGUCGCGGCGGUGGUUUCUCCAGGGGAGGCGGAAGAGGAGCCCCUCGUGGAGGCCGGGGCCGUUUCUAGGUGCCUUCCUCUAAGUUGCCCUUUUGUCUUCUUACGGCGUUCGGGAAAACGGGAGCUCUUUGACGGGAUUAUGUGCCUGAAUAUCUUAUUAUGUUCCUAAAAACAGUUAUCGCUUUUGUCUCAGCAGAGACUGUAGAAUAUCACCUGACUACCCAUCGAGUCGAUCUCGUUGUAGCAGCUCAAUGCAGGUCUUCUGCCAGCGCCCAGUUUUGUUUCCGUGUUUAGAAAAUCUAGCAGUGUCUACCAUAGUUGAGU